AUGAAGAGGUCGAGGCUCCUGAAAUGGAGCGGCGGUGUGCUCUCACCCAGAAUGAGACCGGAUGUCGUCCAGUUUUCCUUUCACUAUCUUCGAAGGUGUCAAGCAACAGCUGCUGCACCUUCGGAUUCCACCGAUGUAGCUGUCGAGGCUAGUACGCCCACUGGUCAAGGCAAAUAUAUGUCUGAAAAAUCUCUUUUGCGAUUACCCUCGCCUCCUCACUCGGCCGCGAAGACCUCCGCCAAACUCGCAGCCCUACACGCUCGACUCGCUCUACCCUCCCGGCUCCCUCUGCAAACACUGGCAAGGACGUUGGUUGAUCCUUCAGCUGACCACUCUUUGCGGUUCAACAACAAGGCGUUCCAAGUCCUCGGGAAUGAUCUGCUCGGGUAUUACACGUCAGAAUACAUCAUCAGUCAGUAUCCUCGACUACCAUUGGCGGUAGUCUUUGCGGCUAUGUAUGCCUACGUUGGACCAGCUGCUCUUUCUUCCAUGGCCAAAGAAUGGGGUGUUGAAGCGGCUGCAGCACCUGGUGGUGAAGUUGACCCUGGGCUGUUACAGUUCGGGAGAAUCCCGCCACAGCCACAACCCAAUGAGCCAGCAGCAGAAGUCAUCGGUACCAAGUACGAUCCGGAUACAGGAUUUCGAAGCGGCGUUAGCCAGCGUUCAAUGCUAGCCGAUGAGUUUGGGGAAAAGAAGAAGCCAAUACGAGAGGAACAGGGCGUGACCUUGGAGCGAGCUAGGAUGAAUUUUGUCCGGGCAGUUAUGGGAACGGUGUAUCUGCAUGCUGGCAGAGCCGCAGCCAAGAAAUUUUAUCGGGAUCACUUCAUGUCACGUCAGCUGGACGUGUCGGCUCUCUUUCAGUUUGGGCAACCGACAUUAGACUUGAGCCGACUGUGCGCUAGAGAGGGACUACAGGCGCCUGUGGCGAGGAUCGAAAGUGAAACCGGUCGCAAGACCAGAACCCCUGUGUUUGUGGUGGGCAUAUAUUCAGGACACGACAAACUCGGUGAAGGAGCAGGCGCAAGUCUAGACGAAGCAAGAACACGCGCCGCAGUUGCCGCGUUGAAAGGAUGGUAUCUGUACAGUCCGACCAAGUUCCGAUUACCAAGUGAAAUGGAAGAGCCCAAGGCGAAGAAGUGGACACCGAUCUUGGUCGACCCAGGUGAUAUUGUGGUUUAA